AGAGACUAACCAACUGCGCAGGCGUAAACCACGUACCCGAUCUCUCGCAGCAUCGCGCUGUUUUGGCCCUAUGCUAGCUGUUGCCUGAUCAGUGGUGUGUGUCAAGUCAUACAUACUGGGCUUUGAUUGGGAAGGCAUAGCCGUGGAGAAAGAAAAGGGGGCACCCUAGACACCCCGCGACGAAAUGGCCGGGCAACAGUUUCAGUACGAUGACAGCGGCAACACAUUUUUCUACUUUCUAACGUCCUUUGUUGGACUCAUCGUUAUCCCAGCCACAUAUUACCUCUGGCCCCGAGAUCAGAAUGCUGAACAGCUGCGUCUGAAGAGCCUGCGGAAGGUGCAUGGACGGUGUCUGUGGUACUGCCUCCGCUUGAUGAAGUCUCAGCAGAGCAUCAUACCCACACUGAAGAAAGCAGCCCUAUUGUUUGGCUGGGCUGUGUUUCUGCUGCUGGCCUACAAAGUGUCCAAGCUGGACCGAGAGUACCAGGAGUAUAACCCUUAUGAAGUCCUCGGCCUGGACCAGGGAGCGUCUGUAUCAGAGAUUAAGAAGCAGUACCGUCUGCUGUCGCUGAAGUUCCAUCCUGAUAAAGGAGGAGAUGAAGACUUGUUCAUGAGGAUCGCCAAAGCACACUCCGCGCUGACCAAUGACGAGUCAAGACAGAACUGGGAGACCUAUGGCAACCCAGAUGGGCCAAAAGCCACUAGUUUUGGCAUCGCUCUGCCUGCGUGGAUCGUAGACUCCAAGAACUCCAUGCUGGUAUUGCUGGUCUAUGGUCUAGCCUUUAUGGUCAUCCUGCCAGUUGUUGUGGGUACGUGGUGGUAUCGGUCUAUACGUUACAGUGGCGACCAGAUUCUAAUCAACACGACACAACUCUUCAUGCACUUCAUGUACAAGACGCCCAACAUGAACAUGAAACGGUUAUCCAUGGUGUUGACGGCUGCGUUUGAGUUUGACCCCCGCAGCAACAAAGAGGCCACCAUACGACCCACGGACAACAUCCAAGUACCACAGCUGAUCCGUGAGUUGGGGAACAUCAACGUGAAGAAGAAGGAGCCUCCAUUCUGCUACCCAUACAGUCUUAAGGCCCGGGUACUGGUGUUGGCUCACCUGGCACGCAUGGAGGUCUCAGACGACAUCGAAGAGGACCAGAGGUUUGUGGUGAGGAAGAGUCCAGCUCUGCUCCAGGAGAUGGUCAACGUGGGCUGUCAACUCACCAUGAUGGCCAACAGCAGAGGAGGGUUCCAUGCCCCCAGGCUGGUGUCGAUAGAGAACUGUAUGAAACUGACCCAGAUGAUCGUCCAGGGUCUGCAGGAGUCCAAGUCUCCUCUGCUGCAGCUUCCUCACUUUGAAGAGGAGCACCUCCGCUACUGCGUCUCCAAGAAGUACAAGGUGCGUAGCCUGCAGGACCUGGUCAGCCUGAAGGACUCGGACCGUCGGAGCAUGCUCCGUUUCCUUGGCGAGGAGAAGUAUGACGAGGUUAUGGCCGUACUCGCCAGCUUCCCGUCCAUCACCAUGGAUACCAAGCUGCAGGUCCUGGAUGAUGAAGACAGCAAUAACAUCACAGCUGGAUCCAUCGUCACGGUUACGGUCACCCUGACCAGGAAGAGGAUGGCGGAGGUGUUUGAGAAGGAGCAGAAUGUGACACCGUGUCUCGGAGUUGGAGAGGAAGCCAGUACAGAGGAUGCUGUCGCGCAGGGAGACGUCAGUAAAACCAAAGCCAAGGUGUGGCAGAACAAGACGAAAGCAGCCAAGAAAACCAAGCAGUCAAAGAAGAAGAAACUCACCAAGAAGAAGCCCCUCCCACUGCCAGCAGCCAAGGCCAAACAGGCCAAUGGGAGCGUGUCAGGAAGUGAGGUGGUUGCCGUGGCGAAGGAAGAUGAGGAGGACAGGUCAGACAAAGGCAGCGAAUCAGAGGAGGGCAACAAAGAUUCUCCGAGCGAGAGAGAUGAGGAGAGUGACAAGCAGAGCGACACGGAGCAGGAUGAGAUCGCCGGGGACGACGAGGAGGAGUGGGAGGCUCUGCAGCAGAGUGUCCAGCGAAGGGAGAGGGCGCUGUUGGAGACCAAGUCUAAGGUGACCCACCCCGUCUACAGCCUGUACUACCCAGAGGAGAAACAUGAGUGGUGGUGGCUCUACAUCGCUGACCGCAAGGACCAGACUCUAGUCUCCAUGCCUUACCACGUCUGCACACUCAAAGACACAGAGGAGGUGGAGCUGAAGUUUCCAGCUCCCUCUAAAACAGGGAACUACCAGUACUCUGUUAUCCUCCGCUCAGACUCUUACCUGGGUCUGGACCAGAUCAGACCCCUCAAGCUGGAGGUGCACGAGGCCAAGGCGGUGUUGGAUAACCACCCCCAGUGGGACAUCCCAGAAACGGAGGAGGAAGACGAGGAACAGGAGGACAGUGACGGGAUCGAGGAGAGCGAAGAGGAGGAUGAAGACAACGACUAAACACACACACACACACACAACCAACCACCCCAGGGCAGUUUGUACACACACACAAACCACCCCAGGGCAGU